CCAAACCUGUGGCGGGAGUUGGAGAUUCUGCAGCGAAUACACCAGGUUGGCAAUCUGGGAGUGGCGUGGCGUGGCAGGAUCAUCAUGCCUAGAGUUCGUACCAUAAAAAAGUCUCUUAUACCUCAGAUUUCUUGUUUAACAAGUGAAUCUUACAAACAGCUGGAUUUUUUGCCUGAAAAACUAAGAGCAAAGCUCCUUCCAUUCCAGAAAGAUGGCAUCAUUUUUGCCCUUAGGAAAGAUGGCAGGUGUAUGGUGGCUGAUGAAAUGGGUCUAGGAAAAACAAUCCAGGCAAUUGCCAUUGCUUACUUCUAUAAAGAGGAAUGGCCUCUUUUAAUAGUGGUCCCUUCAUCUCUGAGGUACCCUUGGACAGAAGAAAUAGAGAAGUGGAUUCCAGAGCUAAGUCCAGAAGAAAUCAGUGUCAUUCAGAAUAAAACCGAUGUUGGGAGAAUAUCGACCAGCAAAGUGACAGUUUUGGGUUAUGGUCUUUUAACCACAGAUGCAGAGACUUUGAUAGAUACACUAAAUAAUCAGAACUUUAAGGUGGUUAUAGUGGAUGAAUCACACUACAUGAAGUCCAGAAAUGCAACCCGCAGCAAGAUUUUAUUGCCAGUAGUACAGAAAGCCAGACGAGCCAUUCUUCUUACAGGAACUCCAGCUUUGGGAAGGCCUGAAGAGCUUUUCAUGCAGAUUGAAGCUCUCUUUCCACAAAAAUUUGGAACAUGGACUGACUAUGCCAAAAGAUACUGUAAUGCACAUAUCAGAUAUUUUGGUAAAAGACCUCAGUGGGAUUGUAGAGGGGCAUCAAAUCUGUAUGAACUUCACCAGCUAUUAAGUGACAUAAUGAUUAGAAGAUUAAAGACUGAAGUUUUAACACAGCUGCCCCCUAAAAUCAGACAGCGUAUUCCCUUUGAUCUUCCAUCAGCAGCAGCCAAGGAAUUAAAUACCAGCUUUGAAGAGUGGGAAAAAUUAAUGAGAGCUCCAAAUUCAGGUGCCACAGAGACUGUCAUGGGGUUGAUUACUCGCAUGUUUAAACAAACUGCAAUUGCCAAGGCAGGUGCUGUAAAAGAUUAUAUUAAGAUGAUGCUUCAGAAUGAUUCACUUAAAUUUCUGGUUUUUGCUCACCAUUUAAGCAUGCUCCAAGCUUGCACAGAAGCAGUCAUCGAAAACAAGACCCGUUACAUUAGGAUAGAUGGAAGUGUUCCAUCUGCAGAAAGAAUACAUCUGGUUAAUCAAUUUCAAAAGAAUCCUGAUAUUCGUGUGGCUAUCCUAAGCAUUCAGGCUGCUGGUCAGGGUUUAACAUUUACUGCUGCAAGUCAUGUUAUAUUUGCUGAGUUGUAUUGGGACCCUGGACAUAUAAAACAAGCAGAAGACCGUGCUCACCGAAUUGGACAGUGCAGUUCUGUGAAUAUUCACUAUCUUAUUGCAAAUGGGACUCUAGACACCCUUAUGUGGGGAAUGUUGAAUCGCAAGGCUCAGGUUACAGGGAGUACAUUGAAUGGUAGGAAGGAACAAAUUCAGGCUGAGGAAAGUGAUAAAGAAAAAUGGGACUUCCUUCAGUUUGCUGAAGCCUGGACUCCAAAUGACAGUUCUGAAGAGCUAAGGAAGGAAGUUUUGUUUACUCAUUUCGAAAAAGAAAAGCAGCAUGAUAUCCGAUCAUUCUUUUUACCAAAUCCUAAAAAAAGACAGUUGUCGACUUCCUGUGAUGAAUCAAGGAUAUUCCAGGAGAAAAAUACUGUAGCUGCAUCAGACCUUAGGAAAAUAGCUGCAAGAGAUAUCAUUGAUUCUGAAAGUGACUUUGAACCUGAAGCUAAGAGAUUGAAAUCAGUUACCACCAAUGACUGCUGCAGUCCCCCAAUGGAGACACCAUCCUGGCCCCGGCAAAGCGAAGCUCUGCUCAUGGAAGUUAUCCAUGAGGCCAAGUCCCAGUCAGCCACCCCAACCCUUCCUGAAAAGGGCUGGCAGUGUGGUUUCUGCACCUAUAUCAAUAAUGCAGUGUUACCAUAUUGUGAAAUGUGUGAGAAUCCUCGAGGCAGUGCUGUUCUACAAAUAGAUAGCCUCAACCAUAUCCAGUAUAAAAACAAAAAUGAGAAGGAUGAUUCUCAGAGAGACGGCUCCAAAAAAGUUCAAACUAGCUUGGACUAUGAAAAAGAAGUCCUUGCGCUGACAGAACCUGACCAGUUGGCUGUUAGCAAGGAAGAAAUAUCAAAAAUUGAGAGAGAAGAUGGACUUACACCCCAGCCAGAACAAUUGAAGAGUUCAGACACUUUACCAGUGUAUGAUACCUUAAUGUUUUGUGCAAGUAAGAAUACUGACCGGAUUCACCUCUAUACCAAGGAUGGAAAACAGAUGAACUAUAAUUUCAUUCCUUUGGAUAUAAAAUUAGACCUUUGGGAAGAUUUACCAGCAAGCUUUCAGCUGAAACAAAAUCGCUCACUGAUUUUGAGGUUUGUUCGAGAAUGGAGUAGUCUAACUACCAUGAAGCAAAGGAUAAUCAGGAAAAGUGGGCAGCUGUUCUGUAGCCCAGUUCUUGCUUUGGAAGAAAUCGCAAAGCAACAGACCAAACAAAAUAGUACCAAAAGACACAUAACCAAGGAGGAUGUUGCUGUAGCCUCAAUGGACAAGGUGAAGAGCAGCGGGGGCCAUGUCCGUCUGAUCACAAAGGAGUCCGGACCACAGGACCCUUCCACAAAAAAGUUUCUUGAAGAUGGAACCUGUGUCCCAUUUCUAAAUCCCAGCACAGCCCAAGUUGAUCUCACUGUGAAGCCUUCUACAUCCAAAGGCUAUUUGCAAGCUAUGGAUAGUGAAGGAAAUCCACUUUGCCUUCACUGUCAGCAUCCCACUUGCCAAACUAAGAAAGAGUGCAAAACGAAUGCUUGGGAUUCACGGUUUUGCUCUCUGAAAUGUCAGGAGGAGUUUUGGAUUCGAUCUAAUAAUAGGUACCUGCGAGCCAAAGUAUUCGAAACUGAACAUGGUGUGUGUCAGCUAUGUAAUGUGAAUGCACAAGAACUCUUUUUACGUCUGAGAGAUGCCCCUAAAAAUCAGAGGAAGAAUCUUCUGGAUACUACCUGGACUUCAAAGCUCCCAUUAAAACAGCUAAAUGAAAUGAUAAGAAACCCAGCGGAAGGACUUUUCUGGCAGGUGGAUCACAUCAAGCCAGUGUAUCAGGGAGGGGGACAGUGUUCCCUGGACAACCUGCAGACUCUUUGCACAGUCUGUCACAAAGAGAGAACUGCCAGACAAGCCAAGGAAAGAAGCCAGGUGAAAAGACAAUCUCUAGUAUCAAAGCAUGGAUCAGACAUCACACGAUUUUUGGUAAAGAAGUAA